AUGUUGCCGGGGAUGGAGCUGAGGAAGGCGACGGGGGGCAGGAGUUCCUUCGACGGGCGUGUCAUGUUCCGUCUGUGCCAGAACCUGUGCUCUCAGCUCAACAGGUCGCAGAUCAUGACAGUGGACGCCGACUACACGAAGCUUGUAGCUUGGUCCAAGGUCGACGGAACGUAUGCUCUGGCGGGUGUUUACGAUAAACCAUCAAGUUCCGGAGAUUUGAGAGGCCUGAUGCUGCACCUCGGGCUUCCAAUUGUCUACGUAGGUCAUCCACGUUUUGUGGGCGCUUUUCUCACGUCGUAGCGCAUUCUUGUGACAACGAGGGAUUUAGUUGCAGUCCUCACGAAAUAAGCAUCGGCUUCUUUGCUGGUCUAGCUGACGAGAUAUUCUCCCAGGAAGAACGACCUAAAAUAUAUGCUGGAAUGUAGCUGCCGGUUUGAUCUUUCUCAGGCACAAAAGUGACUUUCAUAGUGUAUCACGUACUGCAUAUCACCCUUUGUGCGCCAAAGCAGCUAUAACCCGAGACCAGCGGUGCAGCUCGUACGAGCAAGGGGCACCCCGACACUCGUUGGAAAUCGUGCCAGUUGUUUCGGGCCGAACGGGAAGCGCCGAUUCGCUUAUGUUUCACUCAUCUUCAGUUUUUACGCCAUUGCACGGAAGCGCACGAACUUCAUUGACAUUGACCCGUGCCACCUUGUCGCCACCCCAUUGAAUCCAGACCAUCAGCACCGACGAGAACGCUGGAACUGACGAAGUCUUCAUCUACGAAUUCGACAGCGGGAACGCUUCUCUGUCCGUGAAUGGCUCUGUUCAACUCAUAAGCGGGUUGGCAAAUCAAGCUGACGUCCUCGUGGAUUCGGCAGUCAGCGCCUCUGGGAUUGCAGGCAAGACAUGCUUGACGUCACGAACAACCAUGGACCCAUCGUGGGAAACAAAGGCGGAGUGCGGAGGUUUUUCCUCGAUGGCGUCGGGGAUUUCGGGUGCGUCGAAUCAACGUAGUCUUGGCGUCAGGUGGUCCAUUGUUUAUGAGUGCCACGACGCGAUGGGAGGCGUACAUGCUGCAUGAAACGCUUGAAAGGCCUAUUAAUCGAACCGACAACGCCCGCUCUGAAGAAGCCCAAGUCCUCCACCGAGGGUUUCGUCGCUUUUUGUCAUUGACAUUAUGCCUACCAGAGCACAGUACAAUGUUGGCGUCGUGUCGCCCAGGAGUAGCUUUGGUUUACUUCGUCAGGGUGCUUGUGCAGCAGCGUACCCACGUAACUCUCGCCUGAUCCUCCUUUGGUUCGUUCGCUUUUCAAACGCGGCGUGGAACCGCAGGGUGGCUAUGCACUACAAAUUUCUAGGUAGAAAUUACGCGAUCGACGGAUCAGCAUUGGCAUUCAGCCCCGAUGGGUCAAUUGUCUAUAUUGCAUCGGAUGACCAAGAAGUCUACGCGUACGUUAGCGCCGGCGACAAUGACAUCUCUUUCAUGUGGUCCACGGCCGCAGCGGACAAUGACCUGUGCGACAUCGUGGUUUCUCCAAGCGGGCUUUCGGUGAGGCAUGACCGAUAGACUUGCCAUUACAACAGUACACGCUAACGUGAGCGACGUUUGCUAAACAACAACCACUGAAUCUCGGUUUGGCUACCAUCCUUUACCUCUGCCAUAGUUGAGGGCAACGACACCCUGAUACUUUGGUCGAUGACGAUCACCGUCGUACCCAUUCGGAAUGUGUGGCACAUGCGCCCUGGAGCGUUGUUUGGUCUGCCUGUCAUCUCCUGAACUACGCUCCACAGCUGCAAUUCUUGCUGGGGAGAUCCAACCCUUCACGAACAAGGCACACAGUCUCGGACAACGGCAUUAUUUACGCACGCCUUACGAUUGAAACAGAUGCGUACUCCAUUGCUCGUGACCCUGUACUUACGGCGUUCCCCUUUCACAUUUGACGCAAUUUCGGGGAUAUCGUUGGAACAGAUGUUCUCCAAUUGACAGAAAUGGGUUUCUUCCUUCCCACGAACUCAUUUGUGUGUUUCUUCUCUCUCCGCACAUUUCGUACAAUAUACCCCCACGAGCUGAAUCCUGGGAGGGAAUAUCCCCUACUAUGCACGACCCCCAGGUGUAUGUUCUAGGCUGCGCCAACUCUGUGGUUAUUCAUCUCCAGCUUGACGAAACGACCGGCGAGGUUCUAUCAACAGGAAGCUACGCUGCCAACUCCAGCGUCGCAGGCAGCACAUCGGGGAGUGUAUUCGCUAUUCAGGCAAUCGAGUUGGCUGUCA